CGUGAUGGAAGUAGAGCAUUUGUCAGUGGAGAUUUUACUGAGGCAGGACUUAAUGAUGAUGUCUCUGGAUUGACAAGUGCUGACUAUAUUGGUCUUGAUGACUGGGUCAAGUUUUAUGAUAAGGAUUACAAAUAUGUGGGGAAAUUAAUUGGUCGCUACUAUGAUGAAAAGGGUGAGCCAACAUCAUAUUACUUUGACCUACAGCGAUGGAUUUCCGAGUCUUACAGUCACAGAGAUAGUGAAGACAAGGAGAAAAAGAUGUUCCCACCAUGUAAUUCAGAGUGGAGUGCAGACUCUGGAUCAAGAGUUUGGUGUACUAAAAGAAGCGGAGGUGUGCAACGUGACUGGGCUGGGGUACCACGGAAGCUUUAUAGCCCAGGUCAACCUAAACCUCGGUGUGCAUGUGUUAAAGGGUUUGGGGCUCCUUCCCAUGAUCCGAAUAGAAUGCCACAUGACAACAGGGGUGAUCUUGACAACCCUCAUGUGGAGGAAUAUGCUGGGUGUGAAACAGACCAACCUGUAUGUCUUAUUAAGGAGGAUUAAGUCCAGGUACCUGCCUUCACCCCCUUCAUGUGUGAUAAAGCUUAUAGGAAGGAGGAAUAACUUCAAAAAGAUGAGGAAGCUCCCGCACCUGCUCUUCCUCUGUCUGGCGUUAGCAACAGUGAGGAAGACAAAUGCCCACAGACCAAGGGUUGAGGCCAGCGUUGUACAACCCAGGCCCACUCUCACCAACACCACUACUACGGCCCAUCAACAGUACAGCGUGAGGAGCAGCAGGUCUCUCCUAGCCUCGCAUGACUGUGUUAACUGUUCCUUCCCUCUACUUCUGCAUAUCAAGAAGACAGAUGAGGACUCAGUAGUAGCAGAACUCAUGUCCUACCUCAUCACCUUCACCUCCGGCACACAGUUCUACCUGGUGUAUGAUGACCUUCUCCCAGUUGUACGCAAGUGUCAUGUUAACUGUGAACUGUGUAAGGGGCUAACCUUUGACAUUGGUGUGUGUGUGCGUAGGCGGUGGCGUGUUGCGGACGUGCCAGGAGGCGUAGACACCACCCUGCUACCCUACCGGCCCACUAGUCAGCUGUUGAUGGAGACGCUCAAGUCCUUCUACCACGCCCUGCCCAUGAGGAACAUCGUCGUGCUCUGCUCCCCCCAACACGUCAUCACCCUGUUUGAAGAAGUGAAGAAGAACAUGGUGGAGUCGCCGACGAUACAGUGGUUGGUGUUUAUAGGAGGACCUGACGGAGAGGUUGCCAGAUGCUGUGAGGGUACUCAGGGCAACAUGAAUGAUUCCAUCAUGUUUGGAGUCUGGUCUGCUGACAUUGGUGGAAACCAGCAGGAGGAACUCAUACCAGACCUUGAGCAGAUGUACUCAGACUUCCAAGGGCGGGGUUGCUGGUCACCACCAACGAUAACUGGCCCUUCUUCAAGAUCAACACAUUCGACAAUGGCACCAUCAUCCCCAUUUCUGGUAUUGACCUUCAGGUCAUCACUACCCUCAGUGACUCCUCAACUUCAUGACAAUUGGGGUGGACCACAACCUGAUGGGAGCAUCACUGGUCUGGUGGGUCAGGUGGCCGAGCGGCACAUGCCACACUCUGUGAGCUCACAAUUACAAGUAUGGAUUUGCAUCUGUGUGGUGACAGCACUGGUGGGCCCAGUGCUGUAUGUAGUGAGCCACAUAAUGAUAGUGUAUGUGGGGAAGAAGGACCAUGUCCACCACUCAAUGCAGAGCCUUAGCUUCAACAUGUACAGGAACCUGAUGGUGCAGAACAUCGACAUCACUUCCCUCACUGGAGCCUUCGUUUCAUCUUCUUCUUCUGGUACCUCUUCUGUUUCUAUAUAUAUGUGGGCUUUUAGGCCUAUUAGGGCCCAGUUUCAAUUUUUGUCAGUAUUUGGUCGAUUCUUUAUCCACUCCAUAUCUGAUCAGUAUGUUGGCCACUUAACAGUUGUUCAAGUCCCUCUUAAGUACUUUUGGCAAGUACCGGACAUGCAUUGGCUCUGGUAUAACUUGGUGAAAAAUGUACCCCCAGAUGAAAGUCUGUAA